AUGCGCCGGCUGGAGUUUACAAAUAUAAAAUGCACCGCCCUGGAUAGAAAAUUCGUAGACUUCCAAGAGUGCUAUCUGAAAGCCGCGAAUCGAACCUAUAAAUACAUUUCAAUCAAUGCUGUUCUUCACCAGAAACCAAUUACCCAAUUUAAGGUAAACUUUGCACUGUAUAAACGCUCCAAUGGCCUGCAACCGAUCAACUAUAACACGACUAUGGACGGCUGUAAGGUAUUCGACAACGAGAAGAAUCCGGUGAAUACAUUUCUAUUUGGCUUGUUCAAGACGUACUCCAACAUCAACCACACGUGUCCCUACAAUCAUGAUCUUAUAGUGGAGAAGCUACCCACCACUUUCGUACUGCAACAGUUCUCAACGUUUUUGCCCUUUCCCAGUGGGGACUAUGUCUUCUCCAGCAAUUGGAUCACCCACGGGGGUAAUCGGGCCAAUGUCAGGGUCCAUGCUACCCUAGAUUAA